AUACAAUAAAAUCUAUUAAGUUCAUUAAAGUUAUACCUAUACUACCCUCAGAAGAAGUGCAGAAAAUAAACUCCAUAUAAAGAACUGCAGCCACACUAUUAUCCUCUGGAGAAUAAAGAAGUCAUUUCAUCAGGCCUGGUCGGACACAACUUGUAGUCUGCGGAAGCAAAUCGAUGAUGAGAAAGGACCUGUCGAAAAGAAGAGGCAGGAAAAAAAAACAUGCAGCAGAGAUCGGUCCUGUCGGCGUGGUUCCGGCUGGAUUCGUUUUGCAGGCUGUUUGGGAAUACUUAAAACGGGCGCAGAGCCUACACAAGAAUGUGCAGUUUUCAGAGGGGCGGAGACAAGCUUGCCUUGCAUCCAUUGCGAGGAUAGGCAGCCUCAGCGUAGGUCGCUGUAGAGACUAGUCUAAUUAAGUUUACAAUAGGGAACACUGUCGUCCUCUCUCUGUUCUUCUGGACCACAAUGGGUGGAUGUUUUUCGGUGGCAGAGACGAGUCACGCAGCCCGGUAGGCAUUUUUUUCGGUGCCGCUGAACUAACCAGAACCGUCCAUGGCAAAGUGACACUGGGACUCGAACAAGUGACCCGCCUAACAUAGUUGUAAGUGCGGCUAUUUGAGAGAGACGCAACACUGUAACCAGGAGGCAACACCACAGGGUUACAUUAGACGGAUACCAGCCGGAUUUUCCUGAGCUUAACGUCAAAGAGCUCCCACCGCGGCCGUUUCCCCGUGGGGAGGCUAGAAGUGGACUGUCUGGUUUGUUUUCUCCAUCCACUUCCAGCCUGCAUGGAACAAAGUGUGCUUUCUGUCACAUAACCUGCGCCGCGAGGUAAGACCCAGGCGGUUAGUCAGCGUGGGCUUGGACUGUAUGUCGUAACAUUUCUCGCCAAGACUCCCGCUUCUCCCGAUAUCAUCAUGAGGACCACCGAGGAGGCGGAGGGCUUUGACGGCGAGGCCUCCAACACUUCCAUGAUCUCCGGGGCCAGCAGUCCGUAUCAACCCACCACCGAGCCCGUCCAUGCAAGGAACGUUUUGGGGGGGAUAAGGUGCGACGUGGAGUACCUGAAGUCCUACUUUGGAAUUUUAAAGGUGGUUGAAGUGGUCCUAUCACUUAUUGGAUUCAUCUGCAUAGAGACUAUCAUGAUGUGUUCUCCUUGUGGAGGGGUCUACUUCUUUGAGUUUGUCAGCUGCAGUGCCUUCGUGGUGACAGGAAUGCUCCUCCUGAUCUUCAGUCUCAACCUGCACACCAAGGUGCCCCACGUAAACUGGAGCCUCACGGACCUGGUUAACACUGCUGCCAGCACCUUCUUCUUCUUCUUGUCAUCUCUCGUGUUGGCCUGCAUCAACCACAGAACUGGAGCAGAAAUAGCAGCAGUGAUCUUUGGGUUCCUGGUGACAGGAGUGUAUGGAAUAAACACCUUCCUGGCGGUACGGAGGUGGCGCCUUGGCAAUGGGUGUCAGGGGGCGCCUCAGACCAGCGAGUAUAUGCGAGCACGCACAGCAUCUCGUGGAGAAAUGGAGGCACGACCUGAGCUCGCAUGAGCGCUGGCAGACAGUCAGAAAGACUAAGGGAAAGCCUCACUGCCGGCAGCUGACUGAGAUGGACACUACUCUGCCCUCAGUACAGUAAUUCAUUUAAGUCUCGGGCAGAACACCAUCUCAAGCUCACCACACACUUUUGACUUCUCAUCACAACACUUGUGCUGUGCUUUCUGUAUGCUCAGCGGCUAAAUAAUUCUUCAUUUUACAGCCACAGAGGACUUCUGUGGAUUUGUUUAUCAGGCAUCCUGGCUGCGGUUACACAUAAAGACUUACAUAUCUUUCCAAAACAGUGUGAAGGAUGACUUCCAGGAAGAGCCAAAAAAAGGCUGACUUCACUCCAACUGUGCAUCAACUCCUGUUUGGACGAAGGUGUUGACAUUUCAGAAAAGUUUUGUGUUUCACUGUGAAUGAAGUCAAGUAAAAGAAGGUCAGCUUUUGUAGAGUUUACUUAUGUCACACCGCUGUCUGUGAAGUCUGUGGUCAUAAAUGUGGUCGUGGAUCCAGGAAGCCACUGUGCCAGAAACGUACAGUAACCUGCAGUACAACAGAAGUACCAUGACUUUACUGACCUUUCAUAGAUACUGACAUUAGCCUUUUGCUUCUACCUGUGAGCAAGGCUGACAUUGGAUAUUUUAAUCUGAAGAUUACACAUGCUAACAUAAGAGUUUGUUUCUCCUUUGUCUUGACUCACUUUGCAAAUGCUUUUUUAAGAUGUGACCUUUAGCCACUAUUAAGAUCUUUGCAAUCUCAGCAAUUAUACAAUAACAGUACAGGGUCAUUCUUAACUGCAAUAAAGACAGGCAGUACAACGAAAGGUCAAAAUAAUCUGAAUAUGAGUAACAAAGAUUUAUUUCUUUGGAACACAAAUGCAUACAAUGGGUUUGGCACAAUUAUAAGACCAAAGUAAAAGUUCAUAAUACUUCAUUCCAUGUAUUUUAUCCCAGGUUGUGUGCAAGCUAUACAAAAAAUAUCCUCACUAGCAUUCCAAAAAUUUAAUUUGAGGUCUGUGUUAGGUCAACACUGUGAGCCAAAAGUAGGUUACAACAGGCGAUGAUAAGGUAAUUGGUAACUUGUUAUUUUUGCACAUAUCAAAGGCUUCAGGUAACUGAAAUGUUGACGGUACGACAGUGAGAUUCACUCUGAAACAAAAAUCAGUAGGUGACCCGGUCAAGAUCAAUGCCCUUAGCCUAUACACUGUAUCUCAGGUAUUGACACACUCCUUCAUUCUCUGAUUAUAAAAAAAAACAAAAAAAAAAACAAGUGAAAUGAAAUCACAGGGUGCCUCAACCUGAACGCUGUAUUUCUUAAUACCUUCCUAAUAUUAGACCUGAUAGGAAUGGAAUUAACUCAUUAACUUAAAGUUAAGUGAAAAUUCAUUUAAAAAAAAAGUAAGGGUCAAGUGAAGGUAGGGACAGUAGAAUGGAAAUAAGGUACAUUUAGCAUUAUUGUCAAAGCUUUCACUCUUGUAUUUAGUUGGAUUAAAUGUAUGUGUAUGUACAGUAUAUUAUCACACACUUCAUGUAUGAUGAAAUCUCUAUCAUUCCACAUUGCAGGUGUUAUAACACUCUGACAGAGUGCAAAACAGACUUGACCAGUGUACUUGACAGGUAAACAGGAGGUUUAAUCUAAAAAUAAUCACAUCGUAUUUGCUUUUUAGGAUGAAGGAAGAAAUGUUUAUUUAAUUUUUUGGCAUCUUACAUCUUACUGAUGUAUUGACUCAACACUACAGUUACACAUGUUUGUGUUUUCUUUGUAGUUUGAGACCACUUUGUGUAUAUUAGGCUUGGGUGUGUUUGUUUGUACAGAGUCUAAAUUGACUCUCUGGCUCCAUCUCCUGGUCUUAAUCCAGAAUGUAUUCAUUGCAACUUCAGUGUAGUUACACCCAGGUAACUACAGUAGUGCGUGUAUAAGGGAAGGACCAGAAGUGUAUUUGACUGUAGGUAAAAAUGAAAAAUAAAAACUGUAUGGCUUUUUAAAUAGCCUCAGAAGUUUUCACACGAUACAGUAUGUUUGAUUAAUCAGGCUUUUCUCAUGUGUUUAAGUAACUUAUAUCAUGUUGUACUGCUAUUUCUCUUGAUUUGGUGACUGAAGUAAUUGUAUGAAAAGACAAUCACAUUUGUAUUUAUGUCUGUCACUUACAUUGAUGGAUUUGUUUUUGAGUGAUACUAUAACAAUCUUCACUUGAACAUGUGUACAGCAACAAAAUCAUGCAAGUGCGUCAUGCUAUUUGAUAAUAUAAACUGACCAUUUUUUUCAAAAGCUAUCAAGCCGCAGCUUUCUCUAUGUACAACAUUAUGCUACAGUAUGUUAUGAUGAAUUUGUAUUUAUGAAAAAGAGAAGAACAGUUUUCCACUGUGGUUUCCAGAUUGUGAUAUAAUGUACAAGAUUGAAUGAAAGACUGAAUGAAAUUAGAGGUGAGAUGCUCUCUUUUGUUUCCUUUUAAUUCUGUGUGCUUUGUUAAUGACCACAACAAGCUCUGUUUUGUACAGCAUGGAGCCGUACUUAGUAUUUUUGUAUUUAAAACAUUCUCAAUAGGCUUCACAUCGGUUUAUAGUGACAAUUUAAAUAAAGUGAUUUGGACAUUA